AUGGCUCCAACUCAAACCGAGCGUACCCCGCUGCUGGGGACGCAGCAGCGAUCCUCGUCCGUCUCGCGUCACCGUCCCAGCUUCGCCGCCAGCAUUGGGCGCCCUGAUCUCAGCGCCGAGGAGGAAGAUGCCAUCGCACAGGAGUCGGCCUUCAGCGCCAUCCAGGGCGCCGCUCACGGUGUCGACCCCAACUCGUCCGCUUUUGUCCCACUGGACCAGAGCCACUUUUCUAUCUCGGGCAUUCCUGCCAUCGCCGAGGAGCCUGAAGAUCCGCCUCUCCGUGCUGACAUCUGGGUCAUCAUGGGUGCCAUGUGGAUCGGCUCGUUCUUGGCGGCUCUCGACGGAACCAUCGUUGCCACGAUUCUCUCGGCGGUCGGAUCCGAAUUCCAGGUGAGCAAGGAGGUCGGCUGGCUCGGUACCAGCUACCUGCUCACCCAGACCGCCUUCCAGCCUCUGUACGGAAGGGCCUCAGACAUCUUUGGUCGCAAGCCUGCUACGCUCUUCGCUUCCGCCAUCUUCCUCGUCGGCUCACUCCUCUGUGGUCUCAGCCAGACCUUCUGGCAGCUCUGCGCAGCUCGAGCUCUUGCUGGUAUCGGUGGUGGUGGUCUGACCACCAUGGCUACGUUGGUCACCAGCGAUCUUGUCAGCCUCAAGCAGCGAGGCACGUGGCAGGGUCUCGGCAAUCUCGUCUACGCUACCGGUGCCGCCCUCGGUGGCCCCCUUGGUGGUGCUCUCGCUGAUGGCGGUCUCGGAUGGCGAUGGGCCUUCUUGCUUCAGGUGCCGCUGUGCGUUGUCCACUUCGUCGUUGUCUCGUGGAAGAUCGACAUCCCUGCCGGACCGGGCAGCAUGAUCGAAAAGAUCAAGCGCAUCGAUGCCCUUGGUUCGCUCUCGCUCGUCACCUCGGUCACGCUCAUCCUCGUGGGUCUCAGCUUGGGAGGCAACGAGCGCGAGUGCGAUUCGUUGCCCGCGAACCGCUGA